CAAUAACAUAUAAUUUUUUUCGUAUAAAGUCAAUUAUGUAUCCUACUUAAAUAAGUGUUAACUGAAACAUAUCAUUAAACAUAAAUAAUAAUUCAUCGGAAGUGUAAUGUGAAUUCAAUCAAAUGACAAAAGAAAAGGACGGAGGCAAUGAUAAGGCAAGUGAAAAAGAAAGAGACGGAAAGAAGGGGAAAAUGUCGUAUACACAUAAACGAGUGGGGUUAAAUCGUUCGACGAAGUUCGCGCGCCGUUCGGGUAAAUUCGGCUACGGUUCACCAAUGACGAAUCGAAGAUUGAAGAAACUGUGUUCGUUAUUCAAAUACAGAUCGAUGAUUCGUCCGUGUGCGAAGGCAAAUGGAUUGUUGUCGUUUGUGGGAGUGGUGCUUUUGACUGUUUGUGUGAAGGCGAGCGAGUUCCCGGAACGAGAAUGCUGCGAUCCUGUGUACCCUCCGAACACGGCCACGACAGCGGCUGUACCGGUCACUCCGCCUUUAACAAAGAUUACAGGGCCCGGUAUUAAGGGCACAAUGGCGAUACUAAACUGUCUGCUGGCCCGACAACUCUGCUUCGAAGACGCCUCCUGCUCCGCCAUCCUCGAGAUAAUACCGCGCGUCUGUGGCUCUGAACUUGUGGCUUGCUCGACCGUUACCGUGACAAAGUGCCAAGCGGCCCUAAGAACCUUGCAAGCAUUCCCGUUCUUCAAGCCGACCUGUCUCUGCCGGGAACCGAACGUCGAUCCGGAAUGUAAUUCUUUCAGGGACUUCUUGUUCGAUCACCCUUGCGUGUUCGUUAUGAAGAAAGAGAAAGAUCCAUACCCCGUCGAGACUCUCCCUACGUGUACUUAUGCUCUGAGUGUCUGCCACAACGAAAAAGCUUGCUCCGUGCUCUUUGACCGGUUCAAAAACGCUUGCAAAGCACGUGACGGAGAAUGUCGUAUGGAUGACAGGGAGGCUUGUCGUGAAGCCUGGGCUGGGUUACGUCUCUCGCCACUGUUUGGUUGCAUCUGCCCCAAUACGCACAUGAAGAAACGAUGCGAUCGCAUCUUUGCUGUCGUCAACCACAAUCCCUGCGUCGUAAAGCUGAUGUCGGAUGGACGGACCACGAAUCGAAACAGCACUGGCGUGACCUCGUGGAUCGGCGGUAUGUCUAUAACAAACGAUGGCAACCUGAUCGCUCCGGACAAAAUUAUGACUCACAUCCAUCGUUACGCAAGCCCUCACUACAAUCCUCACGGGCAUCAUUACCAUCGAUGGAACCACGAACCGGGGGGAAGUGAAGACCCGUUGUACGCAACCAAGACGGUCUACGGAGCUGGAUACAUUGACGAGAACCAGAGAAUUGGCAAAGAGAACGGUAAAUCAGGUGAUGAGAAAGCGGCACUACAGUCUACUUGCCAUGUGGCCCUGGACGCUUGCAUCAAGGACAGCGUGUGUGUGACGUCACUUACCCCAGUAUUGCAGAAGUGUCACUCAACGGAUUGCGACCGAGAGGGUUGCAUGACCGCACUAAGAUCUUUCUAUAGGAAACCAGGCGUCCAUUGGAAUACGGAAAUUGCCUUUUGUUUGUGCAAAAAAACCGACAACCGUGAAGACUCCUGCAUGAAUGCUCAGGAGCGUCUACAUCCUUCUUGUGCUCAGCGGCCUCCUAUAGGAUCCCCUCUUCCAGCUUGCCACACCUUGGCUCAUGCUUGCCGUGAAGAACCCGAGUGCAGAAUCCGCUUGGAAAACUACGAACAAUGGUGCGCUGUGGACGCUGUCACCCAAGGGUGUGCUGGAUCUCCUGCAGCCUGCCGCGCCGCUGUGGUCGCCGUGCUCGGCACCCAGCUACGUGCGGCUUGCGCUUGCCGCGGCACUGACUUCGCCCAGCUAUACGAUUGCUUGGGCUGGCAACGUCUUCUAUGGCUGAACCCUUGUGUCGUUGAGUCCCAAAGUGACUAUCACAUCAAGACAUAUGGCUCGAUCCUGACCACCACUCCCUAUGAUAACGGCAUCCGGUACAUCACAGUGCCUCCCGAGUCUCCGAUCUACCACCGCACCACCACUAACCAACACCGCCACACCACUCACGGCUCAUCCCAGAUUGAGCAUAUUGAGGAAUCCCACGAAGUCCCGAGCCCGAUCACAACGAUGUCCGAACAAACCGUAGGUCCGAACGAAGUGGCGCAAAUAUCCGAACCGGUUGUGGAGACAACCACGGAGCCGACAACCACCACAACGACCACAACCAGUACGACCACGACCACUACAACAACCACGACCACGCCGAAGCCCACAACCACUUUAGAGCCAACCAAAUACUGCAUUGUGAAGAAACCGGAGAGUGAUGACGAAGCGCAGUAUAUUAAAAUGGGGGAAACGAGACGCUUGUAUCGAUCAGCAGAACUCGCAGAGUGCACGGACCUGUGCGUCUGUGAGACGACACUCCAAGUGUCCUGCAAAGUGGCUUGCGUACCGCGGGCGCCUUGCUCGUCCCGGCUAGCCCACUAUUCCCAUGCGGCUCCGGCGUACCAAGCCUAUAGGGGGAGAUGCUAUUGUUACUCUGGGUCCUUUAUUUGUAUGCGACCUAACCCAGGUGAAUAUAAACUUCCAGAAGGAGUUUAUCUUCUAUUAGGGUUUAGUGCUGUAGACGAAGCACUCCUGCGGCCGCACACAGGUCUCGGAGCAGAAGAUGCUGUUAGACUACUUCAGCAAUAUCUUUACACAAUCCAUGACGAGAAGACAAACUGCACGUUGACUUUGUACAACAUCAGCAAUGAAAACGUCAUAAUAUCAGCGAGCAUUCCUCCGAAGGAGCAGGAGGUGCUGAGAGAAGCUGGGGAGCCAUUGCUUGAUAAAGAAAAGGAACAAUGCAUCGACGUUCUAAAGAUUGUCAAGUCUCGUAUAAAUUCGCAACACGAAGACAUCUCGUCUCAUCUCUUGCUCUCGAUUUUCAAGAUCGCCGAAGUGGAUGUCGUGUACCCCGCUCCCCCCAGCUCGGCUGUCAGCCUCCGGCCAAUGAAAUACCUCUACAUGAUUAUCAUUGUUAUAACCUUUUUAUACCACAUUCAACAAUCUACUAAAACCCUAUCCGGUUUCACUCUCAUCAAUAAUAUCGUUAAUCGGGUCUCGACUUUGGUAAAUAAGCCAAACGGACCUUCUAGUCAACUAGAUGCUGUUUCAUAUAUUAAUACUUUUCUUUUUAAUAAUCUCAUUAAUUUUAUGAACGCAUUAAAUAAAUUUGAUGACGUCAUAGAUUUUUAUGUAGUAUCUGUUGUGAACGAAGAGCACGAUGCACGCGCUUUAGAAAACGCACAAAAUGAACAUAUCACAAAAACCUAUAUAAGUGUAUUAGACGUAAAUAGUUUUAAUGAAACGAAACAUAUCAUGAAUGCUGUGAGUAUUACAAUAUAUGAUGAUUUGAAUGAGCCCUUUGCUGGUGCGAUUAUACUUAAAUAUUUUUCUAGGGAUGUGUUUUAUAAAAUUGGAUGUUGUAGCGAAGAUCCUGAGAAGCUUGUCGAUGAAUUGUGUUUUGAAAAAAUCGCGUCCUCUUCUUGUGGGAUUAUAAAAUCCGUUAGCUUAGAACUAACUAUAGUAGUAGUAUGAAGACUGAGACGUUUAACUAAACAUAUCAUAGUGAUGUAUUUCGUUUUUAUUUUCGAUUUAGGACUGGUGCUUGUAGAUUGAUCUUAAAGGCUGGGUUUUGUAAAUAAGUGUAUUACGCCUUUUACACUGUUAAUAUUUCGUUUGUUGUCUCCGGUAGCGUAUUUAGCGUAAUCGAUUUUACCUCGGCUCUAAAUUAUUCAUCAAACCGGUUUUUGUGAGCACCUCUAUCCAAUAUAACUGUUUUGUAAUCAAACUUGUCACUUGAAUCAUUAUAUUCUUUAUUGAAUUUUAUAGCUGAGCGCCGAAAAAUAAUUUACUUUAGACAAAUUUAAGUGUAGUUAUUCGGCUAGUUCGAAUGUAGUUUUAACGCGCAUUUCGUUUAGAUCGAUGUAAGUAGCUGUUAUUAAAUGUGAAUGCACCAUUAGGAUGGAACACUUAGCAAAACUUUACACUGGAUCAAGAUUGUUUUAAACCCUAACAAUUUUCAUAAGCUUACAUCGGUUAAAAAAUAUCAGUGGAAAGGUGUUCCGUGCAAAUAUAUGAAUAAAUCAGAUUAAAUUUUCUUCUAUUUCUAAAUUUACCGGUGCCUCGGUGCUUAAUAUCUUUUUGUUCGUCCUUCCCUCAUUACUGAAGGUCGCGACCGCACGUAUGCAAGUAUUUCCAUGAAUAUCGAUCUGCUGCGAGGUGGACCACCUGUUGGAUGCAGCCUCCAACUGUACUAUUUGCCCUGCCCUUGGCUGGUUUCCCGUCCACUUAACCAAGAAUGAAAAGCUUUUCCAGACUACGUCUGGGAUAUCUACAGAGACAUAUAGACAUAAUAUAUCUAUAUAGGCAUAUAUACACGUAUGUGUAUAUAUUUAUACCUCUAAACAUCGUAUAGCAGUUUCUGGUACCGAUAGUAGAGAGAAACCCAGAUUUGGCGGCAGAUGGCUGUUUCAGCUUCUCCUUGACGUGUAGGUGAGCUCACGGGGCUCAAACCGGAGUGUAACUAACAGUGGCCCUAGGAAGAGAAGUGCUUCGCAGAAUCUACCACCGGAUCGGAAACGCGACCCACUGAGAAGAUCCGGAGAGGAACUCAUUGGGCUGUGUCCAUGGGUUAAUUUACUCGUCGAACCCUUCGUCGCAAGCGACGGGUUCGGCGUGGACGGUGACCGGUGCUUGAGGUACCUAAAAGCACCGUUAAUGGAUCGGGAGCAUCCGUAAUGACGUGUUUAGGGCAAGGGCUGUGGAUGAUUAGUCUCCGAUUAUACCUUAUUAUUUUUGUUUACAAAGCAGAAUCAGAAGUCAAACAAUUACCUUACCGUUGUAAAGUUUUGCUCCUGUGCUUCAAAACUUAUGAUAGACACCUAGAUAUUUCUGAGGACGUUACACAAUAAAUAUUAACAAAAUGUAAUGUAUUAAAAAUGGUAAAGUGGAAAGCUUUAAUUUGAUGUAGACAUAGAUUCUUGUGUUCCAAUGUUCGAAGUGUAGUAAUGUGAUUGUAUGACGCUCCGUCUAAGUACUUAGUGUGUUGGCGACGACAAAACAACUAAUAAUUAUCCUUUGGAUUCAUUAUCAUUGAAAUCGAAGGCAAACUAAUAAUCCCAUCCAUCAAAAUAUCUCCCAUCAAUCAAAGUAAUAUAUCAAGUUGAAUAUGUUUACAAAUAAAUUUGAUUUAAGUAGGUGAAUUAACCUAUGCUAAUGAGAAAUGUGAAUAUGUUUAUAUUUUUAUGAUUAUUUAUGCACAUUGACACACAUAUAAACAGAUAAACCCUUUUUUUAAUUAUAUACGAAUUGCACAGUGCUUAUAGUCAAAAAAACAUCCCUUAAUAUACUUAGUAGCCAUUCGUUAAUAAGAUAAAAGCGAUAUUGGUUAUCAAUCCCCUCAUAAGAACAGAUAAGAUUCCCCGAACUACCCCUUUCGUACCCCUACGUAAGAUUUUAAUUUAGUUUUUUUAAAUAAUUAACUGUCAUUUGGAAAAGAAUGAGGCCCACUAAUAACACGCAUCGUUUGUCAGUAAUCUACUAUAGUUUAAAUAAAUAGCUAAAUAUUUUCGUUAGACUGGUCCACGUACUGAACCAGACGUCAUCUCUUCACCUAACAACAAUAUAUCUAUACACCUAUACAUAUUAAUAAAAUUGGUGCGUCUGUUUUUAAUAUUGAAAUAGCCGCUUUGUACUACAUGCAUAUAAAUAUAUAUACGGUACAAACCCAAAUAACAUUUUUACAAUUUUUGUCUGUCUGUCUGUCUGUUUGUUCCGGCUAAUCUCUGGAACGGCUGGACCGAUUUUGACGGGACUUUCACUGACAGGUAGCUGAUGAUAUAAGGAGUAACUUAAGCUACUUCUUUUAGACUAGCUUCGCCCCGCGGCGUCACCCGCGGUACGACAAUAACCACGGGUAGCAUCGCAGGACUCAACUAUCAAUAAUAAAAUGUAAAGUUUCCGAAGCGAAGCGAGGGCAGGUCGCUAGUAAUAUAAUAUGAUACUAAGGUUUUUGAAUUAUUUAUUUAAAAUUUGUUCCAAAAAAGGGUGUAAAGAGCGAACUUAACGCCUUACGGCAAUCUCUGCCGGUAAACCAUAGGGUCGAAACACUAUUUAUAGGGUAAUACAUAUAGGAGCUUAAACUAGAAACGGAA